AUUGUUUUAUUUACACCAACCGCUGGCUGUGGUUGAAAGCAUUUUACGAAUUAAAACGCCAAUAUCGUCGACAGCAAUACGGAGAUGAGACAAUUUUAAAUACCCACUUGGCCAUAAUGGAAGAGAAUCCGCGCGAAAAUGAAAAAACAUCCGAAGAAACGAAAGGAAAAUCCAGCCUUCGUGAACGUUUCAAGAUGUUUGGAUGCACGCUUGAGUUAUUUUAUUACAAGGUUGUGUUCUUCGUCUCUUAUGGCGCUUUCGGUUGUUUAAUGACUUUCCUUCCCUUGUACUUCAAGCAACUAGGUUUGACUGCUGGUCAGACAGGAGUACUUAUCGGAGUGCGCCCUCUUUGUCAGGCCGUAGGAGCACCCCUAUGGGGAGUCCUUGCCGACAAAUACAAACGACGGAAAGCCAUUCUUCUUAUCGGAGCUACGGCUUGGUUGGUCAAGAAUAUGUUAAUUUUGGCUGUUCCUUCGAGUCACCAAGAUUGUGUUGCACUCGCUGAAGGCAAAUCCCAUUUCGCACAGACAAACAUUAAGCUGGAUUCUCGAGUGAAUUCCAUCGACUUAAAUUCCACUUUGCCCACCGAUUUAACGCAGACAGGUACGCCAACUCCAGCUCUUGAUUACUUAAUACAAGUAGACGAAGCAAAGCUCUGGAAGUUUUUUUACAUACUUCUCGGUAUCGUGGUCGUCGGGGAGAUGUUUGGCUCUAUCCUCCACCCUCUUUUGGAUGGUUGUGCUGUGGACUACCUCGGCGACGAGAGAAAGUCCUACGGCCGCCUGCGUACAUGGGGUUCCGUAGGAAUGGUGGUAACUAAUUUGCUCGUUGGCCUCGUAAUAAAUCACUACACUUACGAGUACUGUGGCGAAAUACACAAACGUUACUCCAUCGCCUUUUACUUUUUCGCCGCGUUCAUGGUUAUUACGAUGAUCUUUUUAGUCUUGGUUAAAAUCGUCUACUCCGAUGGACCGAAGGAGGUAUCGUUAUCGGCCAUCAAGGACCUAUUUGAUUCUCGUGUAAAAUUUUCAUUUUGGCUCGCUGCAAUUGCCCUCGGAAUAAGCGAUGGAUUUCAGGGGGAUUUCAAUUCAUGGUUCCUUGACGAUCUCAAAGCCACUUCCUUCGAGGUUGGUUUAGCUGCAUCCUUACACUUCGUCUUCAGUGCCCUGUGCUUCUUCUUCGCCAACUACAUGCUGGAACGUUUUGGUUAUUUCAUGACAAUUGCUGGAGGAGUUGCUCUGUACGCAAUCUUGUUCAUCUGCUUUUCCUUCGCUCAAAGCCCAUGGGUUGCAAUUGUGUACUACGUUAUCAUCGGGGGAGUGUUUGCUGUGUUCUGGACAGCCUGUGUGGCCUAUGUUGGAUCCAUCGCCUCUCCUCUCGCUAUCGGAGCCGCUGCUCAAGGUAAACAAAAUCUCAGACAAAGAAAUUCCAAUUAAGAGUCCCACGCUCUUCAGGAUCGCAGUUUAUGUUCUCUUUUUAUGAUCUUCGAUAGGUCCAUAUCUCUGGAGACACAAAAGCUAAAACGAAUCGUUCCUUGUCACUCGCGUUUUCGUGCGCUUGAAGGUGCUUGCAUAUGUUGAUCCUUAAUUACUGUUGAUUAAUUUCGAUCGCUUUUUGUAAUUUUUGAAAGGAGUUGUUUGUUUUUUUCCCUGCCCCAAAAUUUUUCCUCCGGUUUUUUCUCCCUUCUAAUAUUCGACGCUCAAAAUUCUCUCUCACCUCAACUUCUGUGUUGAAAAAUUGUAAACGAAAAGCAAUAAUGCCCUUGCAAAUAUGCAACUGCUAUAGUUCAAGUCAAUCUAUUAAAUUCAAUGAGAGUUUUGAGUUUUCAAUAGUGUUCAUCGGCCUGGAAGAGCGGCUUUUUUCCUGCGUCAGCCUUUCUUGAAAAUAGAGGGGGCAAUUUUAUAAAGAAACUGAGGUGCUGCGUCGGUGAGAGUAUAGCGGGUAAUUUAGUAUUAACAACUGAGUUGAAAACGUAAAUUGGCCACCGUAAAAAGUUAAAAGGCUGACGUUUCGAGCGUUAGCCCUUCGUCAGAGCGAUUGGCGAGGGGCUAACGCUCAAAACGUCAGCCUUUUAACUCUUUACGGUGGCCAAUUUACGUUUUCAACUCAGUUGUUAACACUAAAUUACUUGAAAAUACUUUUGCGAGAUACCACUUUCUUCCCACAGGAAUCCUAAACGGACUCUUUGUUGGUGUUGGAAUCGGCGGGGGAACCAUCUUGGGCGGAUUGUUGGUGGGCUGGAUUGGAAUGCGUGCAGCAUACAGAGUGUUUGCGUUUUUCCUUGCUCUGAUUUUAAUGCUGUUUCUUGGCUUGCAAUGGUCAGGAAGACAAGAAAAUAGCGGAGAAUCAACGUCAUCCUACCAACCUGUGCCGAAUCAGCCAGAUGAUCAAGAGGAAUAAAGAAGUUUUAUUCGCGUCUUCCUGGUUUCCUAUGAUCGAAGCGACCAUACGAGAAGAGAAAUUUCAUUGGCAGAAUCCGAACUCUGAAAGUGUGGUUUAGAAUUUAAAUUGGUUCAAUUUUAAGCCGUUUUCUCAAAAUUAUAAUCGAGGUUGUCAUGGGUGUCGCUCCUUGUUGUUCAAGGAAUAUAUAAAAAACUUUAUUUACAUCUCAUGAUUUUUAAAGUUGGAUAGAUAAAAACUAAACUUUAUUCGACAAAGUUUAUAAAAAUAACUAUAAAAUAUGUUUAAUAAAUCCAGCUCUAGGAGUACAUCUGCAAAUAUACAGCCUACCUAUAAAGUCAAACGGAAGCAAUUGAGCUGUUUAGAUUUCAACUAGCAAAAUAUUAUCAUCCGUUGGUCG